CGCCUCCUCCCAGACGAAUGUCUCUGUCAGUGUGUGGGCGGGGCUAGGCAGUCACGCUGGUGGCGAUUACCCCGCCCAUUUCUGGUUGUCCCCGCCCCUCCUGCAGGUCCUGAUGGACACUGUGCGCUGCUGCUUCCUGACACUUCUGUGUACGAGGAGGCACCGAGAUGAGGAAGGUGGUGGUUGUCACCGGAGCCAACAGUGGUAUCGGUUUGGCUCUGUGUGAGCGGCUUCUCUCUCAGAAUGACCAGAUCCGUCUAUGCCUGGCCUGCCGAAAUAUGGCGAGAGCUGAAGCUGCGCGUUCUGCACUUCUAUCUUCACACCCGGCGGCCGAUGUCGGCAUCGUUCAAAUCGAUGUUGGCAACAUAAAGUCGGUGUUACAAGGAGCGAUGAUGCUUAAAGAAAGGUAUAAACAGAUUGACUAUUUAUAUCUGAACGCUGGGAUAAUGCCAAAUCCUCAAGUGAGCCUCAAAGCCUUUGUAAAGGGUCUGUUUUCAAGGAAAGUCGUCAGCAUGUUUGCAACGGGAGAAGGACUUCUGACCCAGGAGGACCGUGUUACAGAAGAUGGCUUGCAGGAAGUUUUCGAGACCAAUGUGUUUGGACAUUUUAUACUGAUUAAAGAACUAGAACCUCUUCUAUGUCACACAGAUAAUCCUUCUCAACUUAUCUGGACAUCAUCCAGCAACGCCAGACGAUCGGCAUUCAGCCUCUCAGAUUAUCAGCAUCGACAAGGGCAGGAAUCGUACAGCUCCUCCAAAUAUGCUACUGACUUGCUUAGCGUUGCUUUGAAUAGACGUUACAAUAAAGAGGGUUUGUAUUCCAGUGUGGUAUGUCCAGGUCUUGUUAUGACAAAUCUUACCUAUGGGAUUUUGCCAUCUUUCUUUUGGACGUUAAUCAUGCCAAUCAUGUGGUUGAUCCGUGUGUUUACAAACUCUUUUACCAUUUCACCAUAUAAUGGAGCAGAAGCAUUGCUUUGGCUUUUUAGUCAGAAGCCAGAAUCUCUCGAUCCGUUGGCAAAAUAUCACAGCUGCACAUCUGGAUUAGGAAAUAAUUACGUUUCACCACUAAAGAUGGAUCUAGAUGACGAAAGCGGCCACUCUUUUUAUGAAAAGCUUUUGGACUUGGAGAAGCAAGUGCGGAAAAGAGUUGUACAGGGAAACAGUUAGAAUCAAUCUUGGACUAUCAUUUAUUUUUUUACCUUUUUAUUAUGUGAAUUUUAUGUAUAUUUUAUCUGGAUCUCUGACUACUGAAUCACCUCAAUCAUUGACUUAAUAAUGAUAAUGAAGCAUAGUUACCGGGAGCAAAUAAAGGAGCUGCGGUAGUCUUGUAGAGAUAGAGAUAGAUAGAUAGAAAGAUAGAUAGGAGAUAGAUAGAUAGGUAUUAGAUAUAUAGAUAGACACUAUAUUAUCUCUAGCUACCUUCAUAAAAAGAACCAACUCUAGGCUAAACCAAGAUUAUCCUGUACUUAAGGUCAUCAUGUUUUGAAGGCUGCCAUGGCUCUGCACCUGAAAUGUGGAUUCUUAGCGUAUUUAAAUUUGUUAACUUAUUAAAGGCAAUGGAAACCUUUGACAUGAAAAUAAAUAAUUUUGACAUAU